AUGUCAACAAUAGAAGAAAUACAUACCAGAGUGGAUUGUGUGUUGAGUGUUGUAACCAGUGAGAAUGAGCGUAGAAGGCAAAUUGCUCUUGCUCAUAAUCCAAAUUCCAAACCAACUUUGAAAUUUGAAAAUUUUGUUGCAGAACUCAAACAAUCUCACAGAAUCCCAGUGGCAUUUGGUACAUUGCGUGAUAUGAGAUUUGCUUAUAUGCUCAAAAAAUUGGAUAGACAACAUUAUGAACAAGUACUUGCUUCAAAUAAAAGUAAUGUGACUGAAUUUUAUCGAGCUUCUCAAGAGGUUUGUGAGAAUCUUUUUUCUGAUGAACAAUUGGAAUCUGCUUUACCUUGGUUGGAACUUAAAGCCAAAAUGUAUUACAAGUGA